AUGGAGAGAGCAGAAGGGGAUCUGCCCAACAUGAAGAGGAGCGGGUCGGACUGGGAUCUUGAGGCGUUCUUGCAGCCCCAGACGUCCACAACAACCUCCCCCGCCGGUGCCACAUCAGGGUCGACGAUGAGGGACGACCUCUUGCUCAGGGCUGGUGGUGAAGACCUGAGUUUCAAUUUCUCCGGGAGCCGGGUAAGCUAAAAUAAGUCUUGCUUCCAUAUUGUGAGCAUGCAUCAUAUAAUCCAAAGGAGAACCCACCCCCGAGUUUGAAAGCCUUUUGAUUCCCUAUCAUAAACCGGGAAAUACUCGGUAAUUUGAUUAUCUGCAGAAAUUGACUUUUUGGUGAACUGUCCAAAAGUUGAUAGUCUAACAUCAGUAUCCUUUGCUGGAUUCAAAAACAGAAUGCAUCGUGCACGCUCCUAAAGGACACAACCCUAUAAUUCUGGAACUUGCUCGCUUGAGGAAGUGGAUCAUAUAUCUUUGAUCGUUUGAUAUGAAUUUGAAUAUGGAUAAAUUUUCCUGGAAUCUAGUCGAGAGUAGCCAUUGAGCAGUCAGAAUCGUUAUCUAUCCUUGCAUCUGCUUUGAAACACAACCACAUCCUCUAUUAGUAGCUUUGUGCCAUGCAAAAAAUACGUAUAAAUUUUUGCACUCUGAUUGUAAUAAUGGUUUCAGUGACUAUGUUAUCAUUUCUUGUAAAACACAGGAUGGGGAUGCAAUAAAUCACGAUUCAGCUGGUGAUCUGAUUAAUUGUCUAUUGUGGUCACAAAGUCAUGCUCCGAGGCAUUCAAGUAUUUCUGCAACUAUUGAGUCACAAUCAUCUGUUUGUGGUAUGACUUGAGCUUUUAGCUUCAUUCACGACUCAUCUCAAUUUUUGUGAAAUUCAUCUAGAAACUGUAAUUCCUGCUUUCCUUUUCGAAGUGGCAUAAAUUUCCUCGACUAUGUCCACAAGUUUCUCAGUCAAUUCAAUUAGAUUUUAGCGAGUCUCACUGUCGUUUUGGUUAGUAAACAAGUUAUCAAAUGAUGCAAGGAUAAAUCACGCACUGGUGUCCCAACAUGGUCAAAUCUGUUAACCAGAUACAGACAAGGAUAAUUUCAGUAAGUUCUUGAAAUAAAUUCUGUUAAGUGAUCGAAGGGUAAAUCGAUAAACAUAAACAUAUGUGCAAAAGGGGAAAGAAGAAUGUUGCAUAAUACAGUAUUUGGUAUCCAGUGCAAGCAUAUACAUAGCCAUAGUCAUUUUUUUUACAAAACCGUAUUUAAAGUAUGGAUGAGCUAUCUCUUCCAAUUAAGUACCCAGUCUGGGUACAAAACCUGGGACCUACGGAACUGACACACUUUGUUAGGAAUAAAAAGCUUAUCAGAGACUAUCGAAAUCCAAUGCCCUAUGCAACACAUUCUGAGGAUGUAAGCAACCGAGUCAUAAUUGGGCUCAGUGACUUUGAGAGCUUCAUAGAACUGUCAAUCUUUUUUUCUGUCUUUCAAAGGAUGCACUUUCUGUGGAUUUUUUCGCAACAAAAGUGCAUUUCAAAAAGUGGUAAAAGAUUUUUGAAGUUUUAGCAGUCUUUCACUAAUAAGGUUGUUCAUCGCUUCCAUUUUUUUGCUGAAAAAAUACUGAACAUCUUAUAUGUUGAGACACCAACUUUAUGAUUCAGAAAAUGAAUUUUCUUAUAUUGUGACCGUUCAACUUCUCUAAUUUUUUGGAUUCCACUUGAAUAUUGUGAGCGAUAACAAUAUGCUUCUUAUAAUGUCCAGUUGGAAGUCCAACUUCGUCACAUAAGCCCAAGUUCACAGAUAUUCAAGCCCCAGGAAUAACAAGUGGCUCUGAGCAGUCAGAUGAUGAAUCUUUGGACAUAGAAGCCGGAUCAUGUGAACAGAGCGCAGAUGCCAUUGAUUUGAAACGCAUGAGGAGGUAGAACAAUUUCAUUUCUUUCAGAAACAACUUAUUUUCUCUCGUUGGGAAGGAACCUUCUCCCUUGAGCGUCAUGAUUUACAGGAAAAAUCAAAAACCAUUGCCGGAAGUUGAAAUCUUGUUACACUAGAUGACUUAUGUGUGAUGUGAAGUGGCAAACGAGCAGUUUAAAGCCGGAGAUAGUGUAAGAUUGAUCUCAUAGUUGUUAAGGCCGUUGUGAAACAGUUGAAGACCAGGACCUCAAUCCACAAGUGACUGAUGAAAAGUUGUCUAUGGGGAAGAUAUAGCUUAUAUUUCAUGCGGCAGUUGAUUAGAUCUGUCUCUAACAUAUGGAGCGUGACAAAUGUGGGACCAAUAACUCUUGGUCCGGAGAGAACCAGAUGAAGGCCAAUCGCCAAUGGUAUUUCCUGUGCUUUUGAACCCAUGACAUAAUCCUUGCGGGGCUGCCUUCUUCGCGAGCAAAGAUUGUAAGACCAUGGCUGCAUGAUGCUCUAUGGCGGUCUGCUUUAUUGAGUUGAUCAGGGCUCACGUUUGUGCCAGUCAUGUGCAAAGUUGAAAUGCAACUUUGUGUCGGCCAAUGUGUAGUAGUCAUUUACUCAUAAUUGCUUUAAGAUUGGCUGUCUAAAAUAGGUCCUGUGUUUUUUGUUUCCAAGGUAGAAGGUUCAUUAGUUUAUAUUGUCAAAUUUGUUUUAGGAAGGUUUCUAAUCGAGAAUCUGCUAGAAGAUCAAGGAGGAGAAAACAAGCUCAAUUGGCAGACUUGGAGUUGCAGGUAUCUGAUGCUUCUCCCUCCUCUUGGCUGUUUUAUAUAUAUGACUAUUCUUGCCCCUGUCAUUUAUUGAGAAUCCGGCAUGAUCGCUCUUUAAUAAUAAUAAAAAACUCGUCUAACAUUAAUGGUAUGGAUCUUGGUGGGCACUCUCCUUGCCAAUUUUUUAUAUCUACAUAUCUUGUCUAAAAAGCUCAUGAUGUUGAAAGUUGGGCCAUAACAUCACACUAGCAGUCAUUUUUUGGCCAUAAGCUGUAAUUUUAAUAAUUAAUAACCCUGAACCGUGAAGCAUGUAGACAUAUAAUCUUUUACCAAAAAAAAAAAGAAAAAAAAGAAAAAAAAGAAAAAAGAAAAAAAGAGGUAAGAAGAGCAUGCUCAUUGCCAAUACUGAGAGUGACGGUGGGGCACAUUUCUUGUGGUGAAUUCACUUCUUCAAGUAUUAGGAAUGGUGUUAGCGAUAUGAAUUCAUAUUUGAGCCUAAUGGAUCGGAAUCUCUCUUGAGAGCAGUGGCCCCAUGAUGUUGAAAGCCUCCUCUCUGGGGCCAUUAAUGGCGAAACUGUAAAGGAAAGAGCUUUUCUAGUGCACGUCAUGAAGAUCCAUAGCUGCCCAACACGGUUUUUUAAAGAACUGACUUCGAAUAUUUUAUCAUCCUUUGAUCGAGAUACCAAAUCCAUCAGCAAUGGGCCAUAUCAUCCAAUCUACACUGCUCAUUUUGCGUCCCAGGUUGAUCAGCUAAGAGGAGAGAAUGCCUCUUUGUACAAGCAACUAAUGGAUGCUAGCCAGCAGCUCACCGAUGCUGCUACUGAUAACCGGGUGCUCAAAUCAGACGUCGAAGCCUUGAGAGUUAAGGUAGGGAAUUUCUGCCCCGUUUGACCAAAGAAAGAAGUCCAAACCAUAUUUCCAUGUCCGGGCCUUGGAAUCUCACCACAAGAUCCCCAGAUCCACAAGUUUGGAAAUUCUCAUCUCACACUGAAUCUCUCAGGUGAAGAUGGCUGAAGACUUGGUCACCAGAGGAUCCCUGGCGUUCACUCUGAACAAUCUUCUCCAGAGCCCGGCAGUGGCCCCUCAGGUGCCCAGCGCACACCAUGUGUGCCGGGCAUCGGAGCUUCCACCGCCGGUGGGCGUUCAAGGAGACGAAGGCCGUUAUGUGGGCAUGGGGGCGUUCAACGGGCAGCUUCAACCAGCCGGAAUGGAGACCAGCGAGCAUGGGGACAGUAACCAGGGAUCCAAGUCAACCCAAAGCCAGUCAAUGGAGCGGAUUCCGGGUCUGGAGCAGCUCCAAAGCAGAAUAGCCGGGGACAUCUCCAGCUGCGGCUCGGACAUGUGGCCGUGGGCCUCUCACGUCGUCCCCGUGUCCAAGUGA